UUUUGUCCAAUCUGAACAGGUGAUCUAGCCUCGUUAGGCUUCUCUGAGUAGACGUUUCGGUGGGUAUAGAGAAAGGUGAACGAGAAUGCUGGGCGGACACUUUGGUUCCUUGGUCAGGAGGAUGCCGCAGCUUACCAGGGGAUUAGCGUCUUCUGCCAAUCAACCACAUGCUGCUCAUGAAGCGGGCAUGCGCAUGUGGAGGCAAUUGAGCAUAUUUGUUGCUCUGCCAGCUGUAGGUCUGUGUAUGUUGAAUGCAUACCUGGGUAUUCGGGAUCAUCCGCACGCAAGACCAGAAUUUGUGCCAUAUGAACACAUGCGCAUUCGCAGCAAGAGGUUUCCCUGGGGUGAUGGCAACAAGUCCCUUUUCCACAACCCGCACAUGAAUGCCCUUCCCGAUGGAUACGAAGAGGGCGACGACCACCACCAUCAUUAGAGGUCCAAGUUGUGCAAUAUGUAGAAUCCAAGAUUACUAAAGCUCUUGUAUGCAUGAUGGCAGUUCAAUUUCUCCGAGUCUUCUGUGAGAUACAAUAAAGAAAUUUCCUUGUA